GUGGCCAUGCACGAGUUAUGAACAAGAACAGCAAAAUAACCAAGCUCUGUGAGCGAAACAUCAGACAUGAAGGUAAAACUAGUGAUUCUGAUUCUCUUCUCACUGCUUUUGAUUACCCAUUCUCUCGCUGAGGCCACUGCUUAUCAGAAUGGUAAACAACCAGAAGAAGAAGAAAAAAGAAGACAGAGAAGCAGAAGGAGCAGAGGCAAUAGAUCAAGAAGCCGCCAUGGAAAUAGACCGUCUCGCUGUGACCCAUUCUUUUUAUACCUAUUUGAUACGUGUGGCCGAUGGCCUUUCCCUACUUACCCUUCGCCCGAUAACCCAUUCAACCCUACACCAAGGCCUUCCCCUCCACGGAGGCCUCCACCUUUGCCACCACCUAUUGUGCCUUCUCCUCCUCCAAUUCCACUACUCCCAUCUCCACCACCACCAUUAGUAGUGCCAUCGCCACCUCCCCUUGUCCCAUCACCACCUCCUUUAGUUCCAUCCCCGCCACCUUCAUCUCCACCUCUUGUAGUUCCAUCACCUCCGCUACCAUCUCCGCCACCACCUUGUCCUCCACCGCCAUCUCCCCCACCACCGUCUCCACCCCCGCCAUCUCCGCCACCACCUUCUCCACCCCCGCCAUCUCCUCCACCACCAUCCCCGCCCCCGCCUUCUCUGCCACCACCACCGCUAGUUCUAUCUCCACCCCCUCCAUUGUUUCCAUCUCCUGACAUGCCAAUAAUAUUCCCACCAUCGCCACUAGUCCCUUCACCACCCCCACCUGAACUGGUACCAUCACCAAUAAUUCCAUGGCUAUCACCCCCAGAUGAUGCCUCUCCAGCACCGCCUCUAGUCCCAGCAUUUGAUCCACCAACACAACCGGAUUUACCACCAUAUUUAACGCCAGCACCACCAGUAUUCCCAAUAUUUGAUCCACCAACGCAGCCGGAUGUACCACCAUAUUUUACGCCAGCACCACCACUAUUCCCAAUAUUUCCUCCGCCAACAGAACCAAAUUUACCACCAUUUUUAACUCCAGCACCACCGCUCGUGCCAAUGUUUGAUGCACCAACACAGCCAGAUAUACCACCUUAUUUAACGCCAGCACCACCGUUGGUGCCAAUAUUUGAUACACCACCACAGCCUAAUAUACCACCGGAGUUCACACCAACACCACCACUAGUCCCGAUAUUUGAUGCACCAACACAACCAGAUAUACCACCGGUGUUUACACUAGCACCACCACUAGUGCCAAUAUUUGAUCCACCCCCUGUGGUGCCUGAAAUACCUCAGAAUCCAGAGAAAUUAGAACCAUUCAGUGAGCCAGUGCAGCCAUUGACACCAAGGCUUCCUCUCUUACCUCCCGUUGAGCUUUCAACACCCUCUCUUGUGCCUCCGUUAGAGAGCUAAAAGGUUAUCCUUAGCGUCUUUUUUCUUAUUUAUUUGAUUCCAUCUAGAAGUGGACUCUAAAGCUCAUCGUUUAGUUGUUUGUCUUUAAUCAUACUCAAAUGUUCACAUGAAUAAGCAGAAAAAGGGUGGCCAUGCA